CCCCAACUGCCUCUCCGCUCUAAAUUCACCGAAACCCCGUUAUUCAGCUACACAAAAUCCUCCUUUUUAACUUCUUAUAUUCCUUAUUACUUUUUAUCUCUCUGAAUUUUCGUUCUCCUUCAAACUUAAUACUCUCUCUCAGUACAACCAAAAUGGCUAACGCAGCAUCUGGGAUGGCAGUGCAUGAUGACUGCAAAUUAACGUUCUUUGAGCUGAAAACAAAAAGGUCUCACCGAUUUAUUGUUUUCAAGAUAGAAGAGAAGCAAAAGCAGGUUGUGGUUGAAAAAGUUGGUGAGCCAACUCAAAGCUACGAGGACUUUGCUGAAAGUCUUCCUGCUGAUGAAUGCAGAUAUGCUGUCUACGAUUUUGACUUCGUGACUGAGGAAAAUUGCCAAAAAAGCAGGAUCUUUUUCAUCGCAUGGUCCCCUGACACAGCAAGAGUGAGAAGCAAGAUGAUCUAUGCCAGUUCAAAGGACAGAUUCAAGAGAGAACUUGACGGAAUUCAGAUUGAGUUGCAGGCUACUGAUCCAACUGAAAUGGGACUUGAUGUAAUUAAAAGCCGUGUGAACUAGGUAUGGAUGAUUAGAUAUCAGAUAGACCUGUAAAAGGGAGAAUCUUGAUGCAAUCAUCUUAAUUAAACUGUUCAUAGCUUGUGGGACAAAAAUUUGGCUAGAGAUGAUAUCAGUACCAAGCGUUAAAUUUUGAUUCUUGAACGAGCUUUAUGGUGGUCUAAUAUAAGAUGUGUCCCUAUAUUUUAUUAGACAUCAUUCAUCGGAGUGUUUAAUUUGUUGCUUGAUUCUACGAGCUACUCAUAUGUAUUUGUUGUGAAGGAUCAGACAUGUUUAAUUAUUUUUUUUGAAGUUUGAUUGAUAUUUUACCCUAAGAUUUUGGUUCUGGAGUUUGAAGAGAUGUUAAUAACAACUGAAGAUUUCACAUUUA